UUUAUGACACAAACAAUUUUAUGCUAUAAUAAAAUAAAUAAUUAAGUUAAUAAUAAUUAAGCUGAAAAUCUUAUGGUUUUUGUUGUUGUUAUUUUCAGUGAUAUAACAGUGGUUUUAAUGAUUUCUUGUGAAUGUAUGUCUCAACCACAUUGAUGGUAAUGGUUUUGAAUACAAUGAUAAUGUUAUAUAACUUAUUGUAUAUUACAUACAAUAGGGCACAGAUUGUAUGGCAUUUUCAAAGUGACUUUUGCUGUUAAAUACCGCAAAAGCAAUACAUAAUUCUGUAGACUUUAUACAGUAGACGUUUGUGUGUAUAAUAUAAUAAACUCUGUCAUUGGGAGAGAUUUCAUCGCACAUACAGAAUAUAUGGGAUAUUGAAUGUGCUGUUAGAUAGUGGAUAUCCAGUCCUAUGGCAUAACUGUUUCGUAUAAUAGUUGUACUAAAAAAAGGUGAUCGAUAUUUGAGUGAAACUUCAACAUAGAAAGCGAUAUUCAUUCAUAUAUAUAGAGUAUAUAUAACAGAGUGACACAAUAAUACUGUAAUUUAAUAUAAUAUUAUCGAUAGUCAACUGAUUAUUGAAGCAAUAAUGGGAACAAAAAUAAGUGUCGAUUAAAAUUAAUCAUUAAUUAAGUUAAUGAGUUGUUUUUAACAACAGAGAAUCCAAUGAAUUUAUGCAUUGAUGUCAUGCAGUAUUAGUAAUGAAUUCAUUGAAUUCAUUAACCGAUUCACUGAUGGAUACAUUAAGUCACAUCGUUAAGGGCUCUGUGGAGCUGAUCCGACACCCAAAACACAUCACCGAUUUGGAUGAGCAUAGCUUUCAUCAUAUGCUUCGAUACUUACCGCUAACCGAUGUCUUCGUGUGCCGUCAAGUGAGUCGUUUCUUCCUAAGACAAGCCGACAGUUUUCUUGAGAAUUGUCAUCAUUUAACUUACGGCUGUCGACUAAAUGGUGUUCACAUCUCUAAUGGAGAGUAUGUGUUCAAUGGACAGGUGUUUGAUUAUGUAGUGUCUAAAAUGCCAAACAUUCGGGUCAUGAAGUUUGCUAAAUGUCCUGAAAUGCGGUUUGCUUUGGCCACCACUAACUAUGAUAUUAUCUUUACACUAACCAAUCACUUGGUUAUGUUGAAUGAACUUCAUAUAACAAGAUGUCGAGCACUGGACAUGAAGUCUAUCAAACUGUUAGUUGAUUGGUUCCCUAAUAUGACACACCUAACGGUUUCUGUAUAUAAUGAGACUUCGCUAGAGAUAAUAACCAAAGGAUUGGCAAAUCUUAAAUAUUUUAAUUUAGACGACUCUGUUCUCGAUAAUUAUGGCAAUCAUUUGCAAUUGUUAGGCCUUAAGAUACACACAUUUAUUGCCGCUGCUGAUCAUAACAACCACAAAACCUCAAUAAUUGAUGGACUAUUAAAUGGUAAUGGUCGCGACUUACAAGUGCUGGAUCUGCGAAUCAAAGUAUUUGAUUGCGACCAACAAUUGUUUGACAGAAUUGGCAAAGAAUUUUCAGAACUGACUUCACUGAAGAUAGUUUUGCAGAGCCGUCGGACUGUCAGAAACAAUGCACUGUUGGCUGGUUUGAGUCAAUUAACUCAUUUGAAACAAUUACAUAUUGAAGAAACCAAAAGAUACAAAAAUUUUCACUCAGUUUUUGAUGACAACUCAAUUCUGAUUGUAAUUAAAAAUUGUCGACAACUGGAAAGCCUAUCAUUAAUUAGUGGCGGCAAACAUGAGUUAUUAACGGGUGAUAUCAAUGACAUCGAUGCCAACGAAAGAAAUAAAAGUGCUUUAUAUAAGUCAUUGUCAGACAUGUCUUUGUCACAGUUGGACGAGUUGUUGCCACAUCUUAAACAACUUUGUCUCAAAAACCUGGAUAUAACUGAUCGCACACUGGAGUCACUCGAAAGACUGUCCAAAUUGCGGUCCUUACGUUUGGACACAUUGCCAGGCCUUACCUUCGAUGGCGUACAAGAUUUUAUGGCUAAUGCCACUCAAAUCAAUCGUCUCGAAGUUGUCAACUGUCUUAAGCCACAAUUUAUCUGAAAUUAUUAAUUUAUUAUAACUUAUAAAAAUACAGUAUAUUUUAAUAAUAACCAUAUAA